AUGGAGGCUUUGGACUGUGAGGAUACAUGCAAAAAAGCUGAGAUAAUCAUGGCUUUCCUUGCUUUGGCAGUUCAACGUAUGCAUUUAAUUCAGAUGGACUCAGUCCAACGCUGGAUGGAAGACUUGAAGCUCAUGACUGACAGUGAAUGCAUGUGUAUCCUUCAGUCUAAACCAAUCAGUUUGGAAGAAGAUGGCGAAUUUCCCGUUUCAUCCCAACAUGGCACCUGUGACAACUUGCAAUUGUUGCUGAAAAGAGCUUGGAUUAUAAGUACCGAGCUGACCAGGAUUGUUCAAAAGCUGGAGAAGAAUAGAUGGCAGAGGGUGCACAGCAUGACAGUCCGAGUCAGCUGUCAUGUCCGAUCAAUGAUCAAUGAAUAUAAUAUACUCACAAGGAAUUCUUGGGAAGAAAUGCAUCAGUAUAAAAAAAUGCUGGUGGAAAAGUGCUCGGAGCUUACAACAAUUACUGAAAGGUGCAUACAGAUUGAAGAUGAACAAAUGUUGAAAUCAAUGAAAUCUUGUAUUAAUGAUGCGCUAACCACAGUGGCACAGUAUUUUGCCCAAUUGAUAGAACUAGCUCUAACGUAUGAAAUAAAGAACUUGGUGAAGGAGAUGGAUUCAUCAGAUAACAUCUAUUGUGUAGAAUCAGCUGUAAGCAACUUAUUCAGUCUUACUCAAGAAGGAUCCCAUUUGUGUCGCAUCAUCGCAAAGGAAGGAGGUAUUGUUGCCUUGCUUAAAAUCUGCCGUCAAGAUUGCUUCAGAUGCCUAUAUCCUCAAAUACUCCGCACACUGGCCUCAGUAUGCUGUGUGGAAGAAGGAAUCCAACAGCUGGAAAAGGUUGAUGGAAUAUUAUGUUUGGCUGACAUUCUUACAGAUGGUAUACAUUCCCAGGCUACUCAUGCUGAAGCAGCCGCAGUAAUAGCUCAGAUCACAUCUCCUCAGCUCACUUCCACUCAGCAUCUCAACAGCUUUCUUGAGAACAUGGAAGAAAUUGUCACCGCGCUUCUCAAACUGUGCCAAGAGGCUGCCUCUGGGGAAGUUUUCCUAUUGGCUUCAGCUGCACUUGCCAAUAUUACAUUCUUGGACUCAAAGGCCUGUGAGAUGUUGCUUCACCUUGAUGCGAUGAAUAUUCUUAUUGCAGCUUGUUCUGACAAACAGAAAGUAGACAGUUCCUAUUCUCGAGAUCAGAUUGUAACAGUAUUAGCAAACCUGUCUGUCCUGGACCAGUGUGCUUCAGAAAUAAUCCAACAAAAUGGUAUUCAAGUUUUAAUGGAAAUGCUAUCUGAAAAAUCAUCAUUUGGGAAUUCACCCGAGAGAGCUGCUUGUGAACAAGUUCAACAAAAAGCCGCAGUGACACUCGCCCGGCUUAGCCGUGAUCCUGAAGUAGCUCAUUCAGCCAUAAAACUCAACUGUAUUCCACGUCUCAUACAACUUUGCAGAUCUCCAGGUGAAAGAAAUAACAGUGAUUCUGUUCUUGUUGCUUGUCUGGCAGCUUUACGGCGGUUAGCUGUGAUGAGCCCUGAUGGUCUUCAAGAGUCAGAUUUCCAGCAGUUGGUGAAGCCCAGGCUUGUGGAUUCCUUCCUGCUUUGUACGAAUAUGGAAGAAAGCUUUGUUUAA